GCCAAAACGAGCAUAGAUUCUCAAAAGGAACAAACAUGCUCAAAUUUGUGAUCCUCUCCGUCCUCAUCGCCGCCGCUUCGGCCGGAUACUUGGGAGCCGCUCCUGUCGCUUACGGUGCAGGAUAUGGUGCAGGAUACGGUGCAGGAUACGGUUACGCUUCUCAUGCUGUUCCUUUGUCUUACGCUCGUGCUCCAGUGGCUGUAGCUCACGCCGCUCCCGUAGCCGUCGCUCACGCCGCUCCAGUCGCUUCUUACUCUAACACCUACGCCACCACGACCGCUGUCGCUCAUCACGCACCAGUCGCUGUCGCUCACGCACCAGUCACCUACGCCGCCCCUGCCCCCGUCGCUGUCGCUCACGCCGCACCAGUCGCCUACACUUCUCACGCCGUAGCCGCCCCCGUCGCUGUCGCUCACGCCGCUCCCGUCGCCGCUGUCGGAGUCGCUCACGCCCCCGUCGCCACCUCUUACGCCAACACCUACAGGACCGUUAACAAGCCCGUAGUCGCUUCUUACGCCGCUCCCGCCGUCGCCACCUACGCCGCUCCCGCCGUCGCUACCUACGCCGCUCCCGCCGUCGCCACCUACGCCGCUCACGCUGCUCCCGUCGCCGCCGUCGGUGUCGCCCACGCCGCUCCCGUCGCCUACGGACACGGUCUCGGAUACGGACGUUCCUUCGGAUACUCCGGUCUCGGAUACGGCCACGGUCUCGGAUACGGAUACGGCCAAGGACUCGGCUACGGAUACGGACACGGACUCGGAUACUCCGCCCUCGUCCACUAAACGUCUUCUAACUUCUGAA